GUCUCGCAGUCCGGAUCGUCUCUUGUGCUUAGCCUACCAAGGGCACGCACUUAACAAUUUAACAAAAAGCAACGAAUUUAUUUGACCAAAAAGGACACGAAUUUAAGUCACAACCGCGGUGUUUGCCUUCAGAUUGCCGACCUGAUUGGGAGAAUUAAACAUGACACAGAGGACUUUGCUAUGCCCAAACUUGCUGGAUACGCGUGGAGCGAGAAUCCAAUGUAGCGUGGACCGAUUCUGGAGCUGAGUUGACAGCUUCAGAAGCCGUUUGUGAGGACACCAUGCACGGACAUGUUCUACCUCAGUGGAGCUGACCAUGCUACUAAAGGUGCGCCGCAUCACUUGUGUGUGAUCUGAGACCAAAGAUCUGAUCUUCAAUCCUGCAGUAGAGACGCUGGGAGGAGGACAGGUCAGGAAACGGAACAACUAUGUAUGACGCGUGAGAAGAUGAGCCCAAAAUGGAUGUAACCCUAAUAACCGCUGUCAACCUCUCCAUUCAAGAUGUAAAUUCCACGAGCGCACCGAGAACUAUAGCUGUGCCUCAUACGAGGAUAGCCUCCGCGCUCAUCAUCCUGGUGGUCACCGUGAUCAUCUUGGUUACCAUCGUCGGUAACGUGUUGGUGAUCGUGGCCGUGCUGACCAGUCGGGCUCUCCGCGCGCCUCAAAAUCUGUUCUUGGUAUCGCUGGCGUCCGCUGACAUCCUUGUGGCCACGCUGGUCAUCCCCUUCUCCCUCGCCAACGAGGUGAUGGGCUACUGGUACUUCGGCAGCACCUGGUGUGCGUUUUACCUAGCGCUGGAUGUGCUUUUCUGUACCUCGUCAAUAGUCCACCUGUGCGCCAUCAGCCUGGACCGAUACUGGUCCGUCACCAAGGCCGUGAGCUACAACCUCAAACGGACUCCUAAAAGGAUCAAGUCCAUGAUCGUCGUGGUGUGGGUCAUUUCUGCUAUUAUCUCCUUUCCGCCGCUGCUGAUGACCAAGCACGACGAGCACGAGUGCCUGCUUAACAACGAGACGUGGUACAUCCUCUCCUCGUGCGUCGUGUCCUUCUUCGCCCCGGGCCUCAUCAUGAUACUGGUGUACUGUAAGAUAUACAAGGUGGCCAAGCAACGCUCCUCCACAGUAUUCGUGGCCAAGAACGGUCUGGAGAGGCAGACUUCGCAGUCUGAGACCUGCUUCGUCAAGAAGGACCGAUUCGAGAUGGAGAGCCCCAGCAGCCAUAGCUCCGAGAGCCACCAGAGGCAGGAAGAGCUGGACGACAUCGACCUGGAGGAGAGCUGCUGCGCCUCGGACAACAAACCGCGGAACCACCGCUUCUCCAAGAGCAGGAAGGUGGAAGGCUCGGACUGCUGCCCGCGCCAGAGCUGCCGCCUCUCGUGGGCCUCCGCGCGCGCGUCGCGGCUCUUUCAGGAACAGAAUGACGCGGCGGGGCGCAAACAGCUUGCGGCAUCUUCCAAAACCAAAGUUGCCCAGAUGCGGGAGAAGCGCUUCACUUUCGUGCUCGCGGUGGUGAUGGGGGUGUUUGUGCUCUGCUGGUUCCCCUUUUUCUUCACAUACAGCCUGCACGCAAUCUGCCGCGAGGGCUGCCCCAUACCUGGCGCGCUCUUCAAUCUCUUUUUCUGGAUUGGCUACUGUAACAGUUCUGUGAACCCCAUUAUAUACACAAUUUUCAAUAGGGAUUUCAGAAAAGCAUUUAAGAAAAUAGUAUGUCGAACUGCUCAGCGCAAUUGAGACGGUUGACUUGUGUGGGGUUAAGUGUGAGCAUGCGACGUAAUUUUGCCCCUCAGUAGGUGCGAAUGCAAGUGUAAAAUGUUGUAAAUAGUUGUAUAUUGUGCACAAAAUGUUUAGAUGUUGAUCAAAACAACUGUACAGAAAAAAAACUAUUAAACAAAUGCA